UGAAGCUGAAGCACUUGUGAAGUGGAAGGCUAGCUUGGACAGUGCUGAUGACUCCUUUGGGUCAUGGUCGAUGGCCAACUCCGCCAGCCUUUGCAGGUGGACGUACAUCACUUGCGACUCGGCCAGGCACAUCAAAGAGCUCAGCAUUUUCAAAGCAAGUCUGAAUGGCACACUUGACGAGUUCGACUUCUCCGCCUUUCCCCAGCUGAAGAGUCUCUACCUGUUAGACACUGGUCUGUACGGAACAAUUCCAGCAGGGAUUGGCAACCUGACGAGUUUGGUCAUGUUGGAGAUUCACAGAAGCCCAUAUUUGAGGGGCGCCAUUCCACGCAGCAUUGGCCAGCUGAAGCACCUUGCUCUACUGCAUCUAACCUUUUUGGGCCUCAAUGGCACGCUGCCUGAAGAGAUUGGUAACUUGACGAAGUUGGAGAAGCUCGAGCUGCACUCCGUUACUUUGACUGGAUCAAUCCCACCAACAAUUGGGAUGCUUGGGAAGCUCCAGGAGCUGAGACUGGUAGGUAACAAUCUUACAGGGAGCAUACCAAUGGAGAUUGGAAACAUGACACAACUGCAAAUCAUGGAGCUGGAAUCUAACUAUUUGGAAGGGCAGCUGCCAGGUACCAUCUUUCAUCUGGUAAAACUCCUGUUUAUGACUCUGUCAGAAAAUCAGCUGGUAGGUACCAUCUCCCCGGAGCUUGGGAAUAGCAGCCUCUGGGAUAUCGAUAUUGCACACAACAACUUCUCUGGGUUGUUCCCACCAUCCAUUUGCGUAGCAGGAAAGCUGAGUGCGGUCAGUGCUGGACACAAUGGGUUUACGGGUAUUCACCGUCAGACAUUUCAAAACUGCACAACCCUUGAACUGGUUGACUUCACGGCAAACAACAUUGUUGCAGAGCUAAGUGACUGUUUUAGUGAGCAUCCAGAACAGCUUAAAACCAUGUCUUUCAGUCAAAACCAGGUGCAUGGCACGCUUCUGACGGAUCGUGGUGAGGAUUUCCUUUGUAAUUGUACUCAUUUACACUUACUAGACCUAUCAAACAAUGCCUUACAUGGAGGUCUUUCCAAGUGUUUCUGGAAAUUACAAUAUUUGCAAUUCCUGGAUCUGUCUAGCAACUCUUUCAGUGGUGUAGUUCCGUUCUCGAGCACAUGUCAAGAUUAUCUUAAAUAUCUACUCCUAGCCAAUGACAAUUUUACAGGAACCUUUUCUCUAGGUCUUAAGAAAUGCAGAAACCUUACUACUCUAGAUCUUGGAGGCAAUAGUUUUUCUGGCAUGGCCGGUAUCGACUUGUCUGGAAACUCUCUAUCACAGGAGAUCCCACAUGGGCUUACAAGCCUUCUUGGACUCAGGUACCUGAACUUAUCAGGAAAUCGUCUGUCAGGCUAUAUUCCUGGAGACAUUGGCAAUCUGGUACUGCUGGAAUCCUUGGACCUUUCUCGGAACCAACUCAGGGGGGAAAUUCCUCAAGGCUUUGCAGAUUUGAAGAGCAUAAGCGCUCUGAACCUCUCAAACAACAUGUUAUCAGGGAGGAUACCUAUGGGUGAUCAGCUGCGGACACUCGAUGACCCGUCAAUAUACAACAAUAAUCUUGGGUUAUGCGGAUCUCCGUCGGAAGACUGCUUAAGCUCGUCAACACCAACGCAAGCUGAAACGAGUCUGGAUGAAGAUAGAGAGGCACUGUGGUUUUAUUGCUUUGUGGCUGCUGGGUUUAUCUCUGGGUUCUGGCUAUACAUGGGCUUCUUGUUUCGCAGCGAGACAUGGAGGUAUUCGUUCUAUCAGUAUGUGGACAGCAUGCAAGAUACGAAGCUGCAUUUCGUGGUUCCAGGUCAAAGGGCCUGA